UCACAGAUUUGUUUAAAUAGAAAUGAAUGUUUGGAAACUGUGCCGUUCUUGUCUUACCACAAAAGAGUCCUUUUCAUAUUAUUUAAUCGAAAAUAUCUCUGUCGAAACAUAUUGGUUUUGCACUUCUAUUCAGGUGGCCGACAACGAUGAACUCCCAAAAACAGUGUGUGACGAAUGCUACAACCUCCUCAUUAAAUACUGCGAAUUUAAGAAAACUUGCAUUCAAUCACAGAAUACUUUGAUAAGUUGUAAGAAUGUAAAGUUCGAAAACCUACCGACGCCGACAGCCGUGUCGGAUUGUGAUAGUCCUGGACUCUUAGAUGAGAAUGAAGUUGAUUAUGAAGAAACAAAAUUAAAUCUAGAUUUGACAGUGAAAAAAGAAUUGUCAGAUCAUUUUGGUGAAGAAUUAUUUCCGGCAGACCAAGAAACAAAAUUAUUGAAAAACAAGGCUAGGAAAAAUAAGAAAUGUAAAAAGAAACGUAAACCAAUAAGUAAACUGAAAGCCGGAAAAACGAGUAAACCAUUUCUUUUCACUUGUGAAGUAUGUAACAAGAAAUUCAGACAUCCUGAGAGGUUUGAGGCACACCAACUUGAGCAUGAAGGAAAGAGAGUAUCCCUCCACUGUGCACCAUGCAACAAAACCUUUAUGACGUGGGGUGGCCUCUCACGCCACCGCGAAAGCGCACACGCGUCCGUGCCACUAUCGAGCGUGUCGUGUCACACGUGCGGCCGCGUGUGCGCAUCGCGACACUCACUGCGGUCGCAUCAACGCAUGCACGAGGCUAGAGCGGCCUGUGUAUGUCAUGUUUGUGGGAAACGAGUUUCUACAGCUGUUAUUUUGAGGACUCAUCUAGAAACCCACAAAGCAGACAGAGAGCGUCGUCACACCUGCGAACACUGCGGAAAGAAAUUCUUCACCAACACAAUGCUACUAUCGCAUAUAGCACGCCAACAUACAGGUCGGCGCUACAUUUGCGACUAUUGCCGGUAUCCGUUCACAGACAAGUACAAUCUGGCGAAGCACAUACUCAUACACGACGGCAAAAAGCCUUAUACGUGUGACAUUUGUCACAAAGCAUAUGCUACAAAUGGAUCAUUAGUCGAACAUAAGCGAAUACACUCCGGUGAACGACCAUUUUGUUGCAAUUAUUGUCCUAAAAGUUUCCUUUCAAAGAGACGGCUAACCGAUCAUCAUAGAAUACAUACAGGAGAAAAGCCACAUAAGUGCAGUGUUUGUGAACAGCGGUUUACACAGAGAGGGACGUUGCAGAGACAUAUGAAGAUCCAUGAUAAGGUACAGCCUAUUGUGCAGUAAGCCUGCAAUCUAAUUUCUGUUAGAGCAGGGUUUCUUAACCUUUUUCUAGUCAUGAACCCCUCUCAAAAUUUCAAAGAGUCUACGGACCCUUUCCAAUAAGAUGAAGAACUACUUGCGAUGCACGGAUAAAGCUACACAGGUUUCUGUUGUGUCGCCAGAUUUAGAUUAAUAAAUAUUCUUUUUAUAAAAUUGUUAAUAAUAAAUAAAAUAAAGAAAGGCUCGCGGGUUGCAUUGACGCGCGUCUCGUUCGCGCCUAUAAUGGAUAGCUGUCAAAGGGCACGAAAAUUCAAAAAGGUCACGUGUACUGCACCUAUUUACACACAGCAUAAUAUACA